CCUGUACGCGUUGGCGUCGCUGAUGCCGAAGUCAUAUGCGUAGCCGCUGGCAGGAGCCCGCCAUUCUGUGAGCGCCAACCCUUACAGCUUGGUCCAGAUCGGUUCCCUCUUCCAUCCACGACUGCUCUACCUUCCGUUCUAGCUGCUGUUUGCGGGCAAAAGCACACUUCGUCGCCUGCCAGUUCUACUAUUGCUUCAUCGAGUACACAUUAGAGAUACCAUCAUGGAGCCCGUCCCGGAGACCAAGAGAAUGGAGGAAUUCAAGGGCUCUCCAGUUCCCACCCUUCGACUUGAAGAACCCUCACUCCCCGACAAUCAAAACGGAGACCGCGAACUCGAUUGGAAGUCUCCCGUGGUUCAAAGAGUGACAGAGCCAGAGUCGCAUUCGCCAUGGUCCCCCACCUUGUCCUCUCCCUCUAUUCCAUAUCGGCCACGGAAUACUUCUCCAUCCGCCCGGGGACACCUGAGAUCAAGGUCUACAGCAAGCCCUCUUGGAGCGCCUAUGUCGCGAGCUCAGUCCAUGCCUGGAGUGAACGCAGCGGGUCACUUGCUCGCAUUCCCACCACAGCGUUCCUCGAGUCCUGCGGGAUCUCCUAAUCGCGUCCGCACCCCUAGAAAACCCGUCGAUGAAGUCUUCCCGGGUCUACCAAACCGAGGACCAAGAGAGAUCAGCGAGACGACCUCAUCUUCUUCGGACGAGCAGACUCCGAGAGCCCCCGAGCGAAGCACUUCCCCAAUUCUAAGCCUUCCACCAUCCGCCACUCUACCACGCAGCCGUCGACCAUCUUCUCCUCUUCGAUACGUGUCUCAGCAGAAUAUUAUAGCGGGCACUACGACUCCCACCACCCCGUCUUCGGCUACAUCUUCCCCUCUAUACCAAUAUUCCAGAUUUGAAUCCUUCCUCGGCACGACCAACUACACUGGGACAUUCAGCUACCCUGGAGCUUUUGCAUCAUCCUCUGUUCCAUCCACGCCCACCUCUGCCAGAUCCCGAAGUCCUAGUAUAUCAAGUUUGGAAACCAUACCAGAUUCACCUGAUGCAGAGGAGGCGGCUAUAGAAGCGGACAAAAUAGCACAAUUGAAAGCUGACGCUGAUGUCGCAGAUGGAGCCAGUGAAGAGUCAAAGAUCAAGGGCUCUCUUGAAGGUUUCGGACCCCGUGGCAGAACAAUGGGAUUUGGCUCGCGGGACAAACGGAAGCGAUGGAGUGUAUGCGGAGCAGAACACCGGGGCGACCUUAAUUUGGAUACGAUAUGGGAGGAUUGAGAUACAGAUUAUGGAGAGAAAAUAUUACAUGUGAAAGUCCCACAUGGCGUGGGCGAAUUAGAAAUCCCGGAGUACCCUGGUCGGCAUCUCGGUCACAGCAUGAAAGGAGCAAUGUGCGGGUCUCUUUUCAUACGAUCGGCGGGCAGAUGACUUUGUUUUUGUUUGGCGUCUGGGUUACUGACUAUUGGGAGCGUUUUGCUUUUUCUGAUAUCAAGACUCCUUCCUUUCUCUCGCUACCGAGCACGAUACCCAACUGCAUUUUUCGGUCUUGUCGUCAAAGCGUAGCAUUUUGGUUGGAGUUCUGGGGGGUGGCCUUACAGCGAAUAUUUGAUUCCCAGCUUGUACAUAAGAAUGAAGCAACCGAUAUUCUCUCAAUAGAUUGACAACAGC